AGUAGUUAUAACCUCAAGAUAUGCUUUAUGCUGAAGAGGCACAACAGUUUGUAGGUUGCUGUCCGAAAGGUACGACUACAUCUCUUCUCCACCGACUAUACUCUCACCAUGGCCGCCGAACUCUCAAGUACUAAAUUGAACCCGGACAGCCAUGUCCUUCUGGACCAACCCCUCCUACGGCUCCCUCAUGAACUCGUCAAACGAAAUUUCCGAAAUACUCAACGCUACAUAGAACGUGAGCGAGAUCACAUUUUACCGGCCCUCAAAGACACCGCGAAUGCCGCCCUCAGUUCCUCUCAGACCCCCGACCAGACCCUAGCGUCCCUGGACUCCAUGAUUCAGAGAAUGCAGAAUGUCAAGCGUAAGCUGGAAAAGUUACACGUAGAGGAAGAAGCUCUGCACGAUCAUUCGGCCAAACGUAUCAGACAUCUGCAGGAUCUCUACCAGAUUCCCUCACUGGUUGACGUCAAGUACGAGCAAUGGUCUCGCACAAGACUUGACCGUCUGAUGGUGGACUAUUUACUUCGCACCGGGUAUUGGAAGACCGCGUCUCUACUCGCAGAAUCCAAACAAAUCUCACAUCUCAUCGAUCUCGGCGUUUUUGUUGCGUGCCACAAGAUUGCCUCAUCUUUGAUGCGAGGGGAGACAAAGGAGGCUUUGGGAUGGAUCAACGAGAACAAGAACUCUCUAAGGAAACUCAUCACAGCGCCUCACAAAUCCACGAAUCUUGAAUUCGAAUUGCGGCUUCAGCAGUUUAUUGAACUUGUUCGAGCUGGAACCACGGCAAAACGACUGGAAGCAGCAAUACACGCCCAGCAGUAUCUCACUCCUCACAGCUCUUCAAGGCCGGACGCCGUCAUGCAAGCCGCAGGAUUGCUGGCUCAGACUCCAAAGUCUAGUGCUGAAGCAUAUCAUGAACUGUUUGCCCCUUCACGAUGGCGUCAUCUGGCCGAUCUAUUUGUCGAAACCCAUCAUACGUUACUAUCUCUUCCAGUUCAACCACUCUUACACGUUGCUCUUUCUGCUGGAUUGUCGGCACUUAAGACACCAGCUUGCCACAGUGCUUACAACCCAGCUAGCUCUUCAACCCCAGGCCACGCUCGAAUAGCUACCAACACCUCUUUGUGCCCCAUAUGUAGCAUGGAGCUCAAUGACUUGGCUCGAGAGGUCCCAUACGCCCAUCAUACUACCAGUUCAGUCGAAUCAGAUCCAGUGGUUUUGCCAAAUGGACGCAUAUAUGGACGUGCACGACUGGAAGAGCUUCAGCGAAAGCUUGCCAUGGCUGGAGUCGGCGGCGGCGGAGAGGCUGGUGCCAAGGAUUUGGUGAUUGGACAAGAAGGAGAGGUGAGGGAUCCCACCACUGGUGAUAUAUUCGAUUGGAGUGAGGUCAAGAAGGUGUAUAUCAUGUAAUGAUAUUUCACUAGAGGUUGGGGGAUUAAUUUGAGUAGAAGGUGUCUUUGACAGAGCGAUUGCUAUUGCAUCGGUCCUGGUCAUCAAUGAAUCACGAAGUUAUGAAUGUGCUAGUUGCAUAGAUUGAGAUUUGCGG